GUGCAAAAUGGAUUUUAUUUUCGGAAAUUUCUAUGCCAGAUAACGUGCCAUUGUCAAUUUCUGGUGUAUCAUGGGGAAACGAAGGUUCACUUAUUGUAGCUUCAGGAAAUCAAUUAAGAUGUUAUAGUAAACGGUUAAGUGAUGAAAGUGCAAAUAAAGUAUCACAAAUAACUGGAAUAAAUAAAUCAUUUCCAACUUUAUUUCAUGUUGUUGACCACUUAAAUGGGCCAUUACCACAUCAUCAUCCAACCUUAUUAUUGCAACACAUUUUAUGGG